ACUAAAUAUACUGCAAACAUAGCUACGUUCUCUGUUCGACAAUAACCUGUGCAGAAACCGAAUAUAUCUGUACCCUCUUGGAUAGUUUGUGACAAAUAUUCCUGUUUUGGUAUGAAAAAUAUUAAUGAAAACAUUAUUUCCAGUCUCUACACGAACCCUUCGCGUCAUGGCUUUGGUAUGCACUGUGGCCGAAGACAUCUGGGGCGUACCGAGGGGUCGUUGUGGCGAGUGCGAGUGCGACGGGUUCCGGCGCACUGUGGAGCUUAUAAGCCACGAACGAGUGCCGCUUGGGUGGUCCAUAUUAUGCGGACAUUCACCAGUCGCGCAUGGAGCAUUGACAGCGUCAUAUGGGAUGCACCGAGGAACACACGAAGUUGCUCCUCCCCUGGCAAGAGGAGAAAUGUUUGCUGCCGCAGCACAGCCAAUGGCGGCGGCCGAGCUUGAGCCCCACACUUCAGCUGAAGUCUCAGCCCCAACAACAUCCCCUUCAACGUCGUCCAAUCUGCAGCACACCACGGUGACAGGCUCAUAUUCAACUACACCCGAUGUGAUAAGUGACCUCUCGACUUCUGCUUUGGUGCCAGCACCAAUAAUGUCCCAGCCUCAACUUCAUGUGUCAGCUCCACUCCCUGCAAACCUGCCGGCUAGAGGGCAAACACUGGCUUACAAGCAAUGGAACAAGGAAUGCAUACCGCAAUUUUCCUCGUAUUUGAACCCAUUCUUGAAUGGACAUGAUUUGCCUGUCAAAACAAGGCAGCACAUGAAAGCCCAAUUAAGAGACGAAAUUAUUACAUUCUUGAAUGAGAACAACUUGAUCAACAGUCCAAGUACAGCAGUCAGAAGGUGGCAGUACGAUGCUUUUGGUAGCACGUUGGCGGAGACUUUCCCGGAAAUGCAGUUUGAGGCAAGAGGCCCUGGCAAAAAAAUCGCAGAUCUUAAUUUUGGUUGGAAAGCAUUCAUGCGAUCUGUGAGUGCAACGAGGAAAACGCGGAUGCUUCGGAUGAAAAAAGUAUCUGACAAGCCUGCAGAAAGUGACCACACUUCCAGCAACCCAAUCCCUUGUCCUGAUGCACUACUUGAACUCAAGACAAUUGAGGACAUGGUCACAGAUCCCUUUUGCAUGGACCUUGGGCGAAUGAAAAUGCUUUUGGCUGCAACUGCAGAGGCCCGCAGCUCCAAUGCGCCAGAUGAUUUGCCAUCAUACUUUUUAAAUCCUGACGUGCUUGCCUUUGAAGCAGAAAUAAGGUUCAGAGAAACAGUGGAGGCUGUGGCGGCCAAGCUAAGAAAAAUGCAAGAAAUUUUGGACCGCGGAAGUCUAAUAGGACUUGAAGAAUUUGUUCGACCCAAGAAGGCUGAUGCUGCAGUUUUUAUGACAGCACAAGAACUUGGCAACAGGUCUCCACCAGGCCCAUGCAUUUUGAAAGAGAAUGGAAACUUCAAAAUUGCCUGGAAGAAAAACAUUGUUGCUUUACCUCCUGCAUCAUCACCUGAGAAGGCAGUCAUCCUCCUGUUGACUGUAUAUUUCAUUUUAAACCUGUCGUACCCAUACGCUUUUGGACAGUUUUUGGGACUUGUACAGACAGUUGUGAAGGGUGAGCCAUUUGACAGUGGCUUGAUGUCGUUUAAGGUAAAGUCUUUGUUCAAAAACCUCAAGCAGUCAGGCCUAAUAUUGACGUGCUAAAUGUUUGGUAGGAAGAAGCAGUAUGUCAGCUGCAACAGUGUGAAGUCAUGCCUUUUACAAUUUUGUAUUGCCAAGGCACGCUGGCUGUAGGUUUCAAGGCUGGCUUUUUUUUUGUUUGUUCAAGAUAUCUCACUUGUAUUUUUCAAGGUUGUAUUUUUCAAGUUGGUAUAUAAAGAUUUCUCACUUCUUUUCCAGAGUCGCUAACCUUUAUAUUUUGCUGUUGCCUUGUUGACCUUUAAAUAUGUGGAACAUGCUUCCAGAUAUAUUUGGGGCAUAAAAUUUUACAAACAUUACACUAGCUUUCAUGGUAGUAUUUGGGAUGAGUUAUCACAAACUACACAAAGUUGAGGCAAGUAACCUGCCUGGAGUGGGAGGCUUUUUCAGGUGCUUAUCAAGUGUUUUGGUCACGAUUAGCUUUGUAUUAUACGUACAUGUGUGAUCAGCCAUCUGUAUUGUUUCUAGUGUUUGUGUUGCGAUAUUUGCCACAUGCUUCUGGCAAGUUCUCGUGUGCAAUUGUCUCAUUUUUUAUUUUGGCUUGCACUGUCCUUUCCCUUUAAUAACUCAUCCACUACAUUCUUCCUUUGUCUCGUCUUAAUUAAACUCUGUAAGCCCAUUGCUUUAUGCCGUUUUCGUAUAAUUCUUAGAGUACUGAAUUCUUUUGGAACGGGGAUGCAUAAACUCAGUAAAUGGCAGAUGGGUACUUGCACCUUUGAGUUACCUUAUUUCCUGUGAUAAGCCAACAUAUUUUAUAGCCUUGUUUAAUGUUUCUUUUUUCCAUAGACGAUGUGGAAGUUUAUUUGCACGUGGUGCACUUCUGUUUCGGGCCAUUUUUAUUACCCACUUUUUUAAUAUAGGGGCAUAUGUGUGAAUGCCACCUAGUGCCUAGUCUCUUUUCUUUUUGCUAUUUGUUCCUUGUUGACUAGUCAUUUUCUAUGAAAUUGAGACGAACGUGCAUGUCUUCAGUGUGUGCAAUACGGAUAUUCAAUAAAGUUUACUCAUUUUGAAAAGCAGUGUAAUAAUUUGUUUCAUAGGUGUUUUAAUUGAGGUACCUUGUUUCUUUUAAAUGCAGCUAAAAGCAAGAACAGGAUCCGGCAGGCAAAGCCAAGGUUUCCACAGUGCCAUUCCAGGUACCUCAAACCUACUUUUAUAUAGAACUGUGCUCUAAUAGGCAACUGCUAGGAACUGUCGUGGACCACACUGCUGCUAAAAUUUCUACUUUCCAGUUGUUGGUAUCACCGCAGGCCACAUGCCUUGGCAUAUGACCGCAGUUUGUACUGACAAGAGGAAAGCAAAAACAUUGCACAAGUGGGAACCCAUCGACAGCUUCCUAACUGUCUAUUCGAACAUUGUUUUAUAUAAAAAGCAGGUCUGAAAGUACCUGGAACGGCGUACCGGAUAUAGCCAUCACUAUUUUAUGCGGAUCAACGUUCCAGUAACUGAAACAACCCUUUUAUUUGGAACAGGGUUCCAUAUACUCUUAUGUGGAACGGCGAUCCACAUAAUUAAUAAGUAAAAAUAAGUGGCGCACUGUUCCAUAUACUUUUUAAAGUAUCUGGAACGUGGUU